AUGCCUUCAAUCCACGCAUCUGCGAACGGAUUCAACAGCGCAUCACCCGCAUCACCCCUCCGCAACUCUCAAAUCAAGAGCAGGAAACCUAGGCGCAACUCAGUUCAAAGCCAACAAAUGUCGCGCUUCCCUCGGACUGGCAACCGCCAUGCUCCCCCAGUCCGUCGUCAGCAAGAAGAACCGGUGAACCCGUGGCACUUUUUGGAGCUCUUCUGGGACUACGCCGGUCAGCCUGUUCUUGGAUACUUUUACGACAUCUUUAAAAUGGUCAUUGCUGGCUUGAAGCCUGUUGCCGGUGUGGCUGGGCUCAUCGCCGUCUUGGUUCUGACCAUCCAAUUUGGCUCCAUCUAUGUCAAGAACUCGUUUCAGACAACUCUCGCCCCAUUCUGUGCGCUCCCCUUCUCCGGAUAUGUUCUCCCGUUCUGUGACACGAUGCCAAACGACCGCCAACCGGAUUUCGAGGAGCUCGUCAACAUUCAAACGUCCUUCGAAGAUCUCCUAGAAGCAAACAAGGACUCCUAUGCUCUACCGGCUAACAUGAAGAAGAGCCAGGUCGCCAUGCGUGACCUCCGUACGCAAGUGAAGUUUUCACGCCUGCCAUCUAGGGCGGAGCUCGAAGUGGAGCUGUAUACCUUCAUCGAGACCGCGCGCGAAGCUUCUGAUGAUCUUGCCAAGUACAACGCCCGCAUCGGUUACGUUACCGACCAGGUCAUCUCCACCAACCGCUGGACACUUCAAGUCCUAGAAGGCAUCGCCGCCGGAGAAGCCAACCGCGGCGCCCUUUCCGUCGCCCUUUCGUAUAUGAACCCCGCCGCCAUGUUGUACGGUCCACCGGAAACCCUCGACCAACUCAUCUUCGCACAAUACGUGAAGCACGUUGCUAAGCUCAAGGACGACAUCACCAGCUUGAUCCACUUCAGCGAGUCACUCAUCAAAGUCCUCAACAACCUGGACAAUCACCUAGACAUCAUUGCUGACAUCGCUCACCGCGAUGACCAUCAUCUCACCCGCGAUCGCGAGGAACUCCUCGCGCAGCUCUGGUCCAUGCUUGGUGGAAACCGCUCGUCGAAAGCCGCAAACGCCGCGUCACUCCAGCUACUUCACGAUGUUAGGCGGUACCGCUCGCUUGCGGUGCAGCACGUAAGUGCCACAUUACUCAAACUCCAGGAGAUCCGCUCUGGGCUUGACAACCUUCGCGAUGGUGUUGCAGCACCCGAGCUGGUUGGAUAUAGAGAGGAUAUCCCGCUGCAGUGGCAUAUUGAUGUUGUAAGUCGUAGCGUUGAGCGGUUGCGCGACGCCCGUGGUGAGAGCAUGGCGAUCGAGCGGGAUAACAUUCGAAAGGGGAUGCGAGAGGGUGUUGGGAGGGACGAUGUGCGACAAGUGGAGCGCGGCGAGAUGCCGACAGUGUAUGCAAAGGCGAAGGACGAGAGGGCGUAG